AUGUUGCUUUAUAUAAAAGCAUCUGUCAAAUGCUUAAAUGUAAAAAGUCUAUAAAACAUGAUUUCAUUUAACAUUUUUAUAUUAUAUUUGGUAGAAGAUUAUAUUUGGCAUAUUAUGUAUUUAGUAGAAGAGCUUUAUUUUUAGGUAUUUUUAACACAGUGUUUGGUCACACACAGAGACAUUGUCAGGAAUGAUCUCUCUUUACUUCUGGUCAUGUGGUAACUAACAAUUAACAAACUACAAAAGAAUGCGGAUAAAACUGAAACUAGGCAAGGCAAAAAUUAAUGACGAACUCGCAUGGAACAGGUGAAACUAAAUAUUCAAACGAAUGAGUAGAAAAUCAGGAUCAGGUGAGGAGGGCGGGUGAAUGAGAUGAGACGAGGGAGGGGAGUAGCGCCAAAGUGACAGACGCGUCCGACUCAUGACCCCACUGGAUGACCUCAGUGAAGUGCAGCAGGAACCCAUAGCUGACCCCCCGGGCAUCCCCUCGGGACCUCCAUCCCCCGCCCAGCCUCCCUCACUCGCUGCUCGAUCCCAGAGCGGAAGGCUCCCACCACCCGCCCGUCCGGGAGGAUGGUUUCAAUCCUCUCAGCACUAGGGUCACCGAACAAGCAAGAGAGGGCGUCAGGCUUGGUAUUCUUAGAGCCUGGCCGGUACGAGAGGAUGAAGUUAAAUCGGUCGAAGAAGAGUGCCCAGAGAGCCUGCCUUGAUGUUAACCUCCUGGCUGAACAAACAUAUCCCAAAUUUUUGUGGUCCGUCCAGGAAGGGCUCGAGGUCCCCUCCAACCAGUGAAGCCACUCACCCAAGGCCAGUCUGACCGCCAGCAACUCCCGUUUACCAAUGCCGUAGGUACGUUCUGUUGGGCUUAAGUGACCGCUGUGACAAAACGGUGCCUACCCCGACAUCCGAAACAUCCACCUUCACUAUAAACUGGGAUGCCGGGUCUGGAUUAGAAAGAACAGGAGCAGAGAUAAACCGGGACUUAAACUUAGCAUGGCUCAGGAGGCCUUUAAUAUUCCAACGGAAACAUUCUUUAUUGGAUGUGACAGCACUAAGAGGUUUGUCAAUCUGACUGAAGUUUCUGAUGAAUCGGCUGUAAAAAUUGAUGAAGCCCAGAAACCGCGGUAACUUCUUACUAGAGUUUGAGACUGGCCACUUGGCGCCACUUUAAUCAUGGCGGGAUCAAGACAAAUCUCCCCGGCGGCAAUAACAAAGCCCAGAAACGAAACCGACUUCUUAUGGAACUCACACUUUUCCACCUUAACAAAUAACUUAUUCUCUAAGAGCCGCUGUAAGACCCUGCGAACGUGCUGAGAGUGCACCUACAUAGAGGGAGAAAAAAUGAGAAUGUCAUUGAGGUACACAAAGACAAACUUAUUUAUCAUGUCUCUCAGCACGUCAUUGACCAGAGACUAAUGGCAAAAUCAGUGACAGAAGAGUUCCCCUUAACGAAACGAACCAGACAUGCGGCAGCCGCAUCCCCCUGAACAGACCGAUCGAACAGUUUUAACAUCUCCGCUCUAAAAUCCUUGAAUUUCUGACAGCACGAAGCUCGGGCAUCCCAAACCGCCGUUCCCCAUUCUCGCGCUCUGCCAGUCAGCAAGGUGAUGAUGAAUGCAAUUCUGGUCUCCUCAGUAGCAUACCUGGGCGCCUGAAGAGCGAAAUUAAGGGAGCAUUGAGAGAGAAAAGAUAAGCAGGAGUUGGGGUCGCCAUCAAAGAUGGCGGUGGUGGCAUGGGGUUCAAGUUCCAAUAAGCGACGUAGAUCACUGUUAACCUCUUGACGCAUCUGUUCCAUCUGGAUGUUGAGCUCCGUGAGUCGGGAGGCGAGAUGUUCACCUCACGGGAGGUGGAAGAGAGUUGUGAAUCAUGCUGCCCAAUCCACGCUCCCUGCUGUGCGAUGGCAUCUGCUGGAUUCAUGUAUGGUGAGUUUGUCUGUCAGGAAUGAAUAGUCUGAGACAGGAAUCCAGUUGCAAAUGGUAGUUUAUAUUAAUAAAUAAAACCACAAGAUGAUGCCUGGGAGAGAGAGAUAACCUCAGGACAAUGCCAGGGUGAGAGUCGAUCACAGGACGAUACCAGGGAGAGGGAAGACCACAGGACGAUGCCAGGGAGAUCAGUAGAAAAGCAGCAAUGAAGGGUGCUGAUCUGAAGGCCAUUGAGCUUUGUUGAAUUGCGGCAGCGAAAUACAAAUCAGAAGGAAAAAAGUUCUUGUGGCAGAGAGGAAGAGCCUGGCAAAGAACAGGAGCAGCAGAGAACAAGUUCAGUUCAUAAGAAGAUAUCAGAUCCAGAGCCCAGCUGUGUGUCCAUGAGGAGUGACCAGUCAGUGGAUCCACCAAAGUUUCAACAUUGUGAAAACAGGCCUGCAUGCAGACCAGAUGUAACAGAACCCGAGUGUAAGAGGAGGAAGAUUGAGCAGUCUGAAUAUCAACCACAGGACUUAAUUGAAAAUAUGUGCCCUGAUUUUAGCCACAAGUCUGAUCUUGCUGAAGUCUUCAACGGAUUUAGGUCAAAUCUGAGGAAGAAGUUUGAGGAUUUGUAUGAGGGAAUAUCCAAGCAGGGAAACCCAACACUACUGAAUGAGAUCUACACAGAGCUCUACAUCACAGAGAGUGAAAGUGGAGAGAUCAGUAAUGAACAUGAGGUGAGACAGAUUGAGAUACAAUCCAGAAGAACAACAACAGAGGAGACACCAAUCAAAUGUAAUGACAUCUUUAAACCUUUACCUGAACAAGACAAACACAUCAGAAGUGUGCUGACAAAGGGAGUCGCUGGCAUUGGAAAAACAGUCUCUGUACAGAAGUUCAUUCUGGACUGGGCUGAAGAGAAAGAGAAUCAGGACGUCCAGCUCAUAUUUCCACUUCCUUUCAGAGAGAUCAAUUUGAUGAAGGGCAAAACACUCAGUCUUUUAGAUCUUCUUCAUCAUUUCUUCCCAGAGACAAAAGAAAUGGAAAUCUUCAGUGAUAAAUAUAAAGUGUUGUUCAUCUUUGAUGGUUUGGAUGAGUGUCGUCUGUCUCUGGAUUUUCACAGCAGUGUGAGGUUGUGUGAUGUAAAUGAAUCAACCUCAGUGGACGUGAUGCUGACAAACCUCAUCAAGGGGAAUCUGUUUCCCUCUGCUCGCAUCUGGAUCACCUCCAGACCAGCAGCAGCUGAUCUCAUCCCCUCUAUGUGUGUUGAUCGAGUCACAGAGGUACGAGGCUUCAGUGAUAAACAGAAGGAGGAAUACUUCAGGAAGAGAAUCAGUGAUAAGAGUCUGUCUGAUCAAAUCAUCUCACACCUGAAGUCAUCCAGGAGUCUCUACAUCAUGUGUCACAUCCCAGUGUUCUGCUGGAUUUCAGUCACUGUUCUAGAGAGAAUAUUGAGUGAAGCAGAGAGAAGAGAGAUCCCCAAGACUCUCACUCAAAUGUACACACACUUCCUGAUCAUUCAGACAAACAUCAAACAUCAGAAGGACUAUGAGAAGAAAGUGAAGGAUGAAGAGAUGAUCUUCAAACUGGGGAAACUGGCUUUUGAGCAGCUUGUUAAAGGCAAUCUGAUCUUCUAUGAUGAAGACCUGAGAGAUUGUGGCAUUGAUGUAGCAGAAGCAUCAGUGUACUCAGGAUUGUGUACUCAGAUCUUCAGAGGGGAGUUUGGUUUCUGUCAGAGGAAAGUUUACAGCUUUGUUCAUCUGAGCAUUCAGGAAUAUAUAGCAGCUCUUUAUGUGCACCUCUCUUUUAUAAAAGAUUGCAUACAUCUGUUCUCCAAUAAUUUUUUUCAGUUUACUUUGUUUGACCUGCAUCAGAAGGCUGUGGAUGUGGCUUUAGACAGUAAAAAUGGACAUCUGGAUCUUUUUCUUCGUUUUCUUCUGGGUUUGUCAGUGGAGUCAAAUCAGAAUCUCAUACGAGGUUUGAUGACACAGACAGAUCACAGUUCUCACAGCAAUGAGAAAACAGUUGAGUAUAUCAAGAAGAAGAUCAGGAGCACUCAAUCUCCAGAGAAAUCCAUCAAUCUGUUUCACUGUCUGAAUGAACUGGGUGAUCAUUCACUAGUGGAGGAAAUCCAACAUCAUCUGAAAUAUAAAACAUUUAGAGAAACCAAACUCUCGUCAAUUCAGUGGUCGGUUGUAGUUUUUUUGUUGUUAACAUCAGAACAGAAGCCGGGGUUCAAUUUGAAGAAGUUUGUGAAUACUGGAAACAAAGCUGAAACACUGAAAGUUCUUCAGGAGCUGUCUCCUGUGAUUUGUGAAUCCAGAUCAGUUCAGUUGUAUGAUUGUAAUAUCACAGCUGAAGGUUGUCUUGCUCUGUCCUCAGCUCUGACAUCAAACCCAUCACACCUAAGAGAACUGUAUCUUACUGAGAAUGAUCUUGGAGAUUUAGGAGUGAAGCUGAUCUCUGAUGUACUGAAAAAUCCUCAAUGUAAACUGGAGAAGCUAGAGUUGGAGUGUUGUAAUAUCACAGAUGAAGGUUGUGUUGCUCUGACUUUAGCUCUGAGAUCAAACCCAUCACAUCUGAAAGAUCUGAAUCUGACUUAUAAUAAACUAAGAUAUUCAGGAGUGAUGCUGAUCUCUGAUGUACUGAAGAAUUCUCGCUGUAAACUGGAGAAAAUAAGGUUGUGGGGUUUUAAUAUCACAGCUGAAGGUGGUGCUGCUCUGACUUCAAACCUCUUACACGUGACCAAACUGAAUCAGUUUAAUAAUAAUGUAGGAGAUUCAGUAGUGAAGCUGCUCUCUGUUGUACUGAAGAAUCCUCGAUAUAAACUGGAGAAAGUGGAGUUGUGUGAUUGUAAUAUCACACCUGAAGGUUGGGCUGCUCUGACUUCAGCUCUGACAUCAAACCCAUCACACCUGAGAGAACUGAAUCUGUCUGAUAAUGAUCUUGGAGAUUGUGGAGUGAAGAUUAUCUCUGAUGUACUGAAGAAUCCUCAAUGUAAACUGGAGAAACUGUGGUUGAGUGAUUGUAAUAUCACAGAUGAAGGUUGUGUUGCUCUGUCUUCAGCUCUGACAUCAAACCCGUCCCACAUAACAGAUCUGAAUCUGUCUGAGAAUAAUUUUGGAGAUUCAGGAGUGAAGCUGAUCUGUGAUGUACUGAAGAAUCCUGACUGUAAACUGCAGAAACUGAAGUUGUGGAGUUGUAAUAUCACAGCUGAAGGUUGUGUUGCACUGACUUCAGCUCUGAGAUCAAACCCAUCACAUCUGACACAUCUGAAUCUGUCUGAUAAUGAAAUUGGAGAUUCAGGAAUGAAGCUGAUCUCUGAUGUACUGAAGAAUCCUGCCUGUAAACUGAAGAUACUGGGGUUGGAGUGUUGUAAUAUCACAGAUGAAGAUGUUGAUGUGACUUCAGAUAUGAGAUCAAACCCUUCACACCUGAGAGAUCUGGAUCUGUCUUCUAAUGAACUUACAGAUUCAGAAGUGAAGCUGAUUUCUGAUCUAAAAGAUGAUCCACAUUAUAAACUAGAGACAGUACGGUUAAACCCUGAACUUUCUGAACUGAAUCUUGAUUCACCUUCUGUCUGCCAGUGCUGUGUUAACAUAGUUGAUUCUGAUCAGUGGGAUCAGGUUAAGCCAUCAGUCUUUAAAGAUAAUGGGGAGUCAAAGUUCAGGAUCAGCACUCCGCCGGGUCAUUACGAGUGCAUUAGGACCAGAAUGCGAUGGGUUUGUGAAUGUGAUGUCACCCUACAGUACCAUCCAGUGGACGGACGAUCCCUUAUUGCGGAGCUAGAGAGACUGCAAUGUGAGCGAAUUGGUCCUGUGUUUGAUGUGACGGUGAUCUCUGGCAAACUAAAGGAGGUGCAUCUGCCUCAUUACGUCUGUUUAGGAAAAUCUGACCCCUUGCUUAAAGAUGCUGUGAAGGUCCUCAACCAAAAAGAUGAAGGUGUAGUUUUACAACCUGUGGAGUUGACUCGCUUUCAUGCCAAAAUAGACCAUCCAUCCUUCUCUCUUAUAACUCUAAUCACAAAUUUAUUUACUAAUUGCGAGGAACACUGCGAUCUUCUUCUUUACAUGGUAUAUCAAAAUCCUCUCAUACUUCAUGUCUACUUUUAUCCAUUGAAUGAUACUUGUUCAAAAGAAAAGGUUGAGGAGAAAGAAAAAUCAAGCCGUCCGAUCAGACAUCCCAGACCAGACAGACCUUUUCGGAUGAAAACGCCUCACCUUCUUGAGAUUCCCGAUGCUUGUGUACAACCCAUCGAGGGAAUUUCCUUUCGGAGAGAUAUUGAGCCAAACUUCUUUAAGGUUAAGAUCAAUUGUGACGGUGAUGUACAAAUGACUCUUACUAGAAAAGAGGAUGGUGCUAGUGUGUGGGAAGCGACAGUUUGGAAAAGUGAACUUGCACAAAUAAAUUCUGGGCAAAUUCAAAAUGAGUCAGAGCAACACAGUGAUAUUGAUAUAGAUAAUUUUAUUUCUAACCACAUGCCAGAUCUUGUUAAAAGAGUUAAAAAUUUUAAGAUUAUUGCAGAUAAACUUCUACAGGAGAAAAUAAUUCAAGAUGAAAAAUAUUCAGAAAUUAUAAAUAAGUCAACUAGUCAGGAUAGCAUGAGAGAGAUUUGUUCUGUUGUGAAUUCAGCUGGUACGGCUGCCAAAGAAAAAUUAAUCUUGAUUCUUCAGGAGGUGGAGCCCUGCCUUUAUGAAGAACUGUUGCAUCCUGAUUCACCUUGAUCUCCUAUGAUGGUAUUGUUGUAUUGUUGUGAAACAGUGUUGCUUUUCAGAUGAGAUAUGUUUAUACAGUUAUACAGUUUAUACAGUUUUAUACAGUUUAUGUUUACAGUUUAUAUACAUAUACAUAUACAAACUCACUGUCCACUUUAUAUGGUAAGGGUAAGCGGGGGCAAAACUAACGCAGGGUUAAUUGUAACGCGGCUACUUUACAUACUCCAACAGGGUCGAGCAAUCUGUGCACUGUAAAAAAAUACUUUGCUGCCUUAAAUUUUUUUGUUUAAUCAAUUCGGAUUAACAAGUCAUUUCAACUUACUAUUAUUUAUCUUGACUAGAGAUGAGUUGUUAUAACUACAGGUGAGUUGUUAUAACUUAUAAAAUUAAGUUGACUUUUCUCAACUAAGUUGUGACAACUCAUCUCUUUUGACUUGACUUGUAAAUCUGAGUUGAUUUAACAAAAAAUUUUAAGGCAGCAAAGUAUUUUUUACAGUGUGCUUUUGGUGUUUUUCUUUUACUGUCAGAAAAUUAUCUCCUGUAAUUUGUGUAAAGUUUUGAUGUGUUUUGGUUAAGAUAAUGAAUAAAUAAUGUUUUAGAGGCAUUCUUCCUGAGUUGGGUGUAAGUCA